AUGGCUCACCCGGGGAGAAGAGGCUACGAUAACCGGGAGAUAGUGCUGAAGUACAUCCACUAUAAACUCUCGCAGAGGGGAUACGACUGGGCUGCCGGCGAGGACAGGGCACCCCUGCCUCCGGGUCUUUCUCCUCCUGCUGCUGCUGCUGCGGUUGCUGCUGCUGGGACUUCCUCUGAUCACACUGGGCUGGUGUCUCCGCACCCCGAGCCCCCUGGCUCGGCUGCUGCUAGCUACGCGCCCCCAGCCGAGGGGCUGCGCCCCGCACCCCAGGUCGUCCACCUUGCGCUGCGCCAGGCGGGGGACGAGUUCGCCCGCCGCUACCAGAGGGACUUUGCCCAAGGGGUCAACUGGGGCAGGAUCGUGGCCUUCUUCGAGUUCGGCGGUGUGAUGUGCGUGGAGAGCGUCAACCGCGAGAUGUCUCCCCUCGUGGACAGCAUCGCCUCCUGGAUGACCGAAUACCUGAACCGGCACUUGCACAACUGGAUCCAGGACAACGGAGGCUGGCGCCUGGUGUUUGAGCUGCAGAAGGACUGGCUUGGCAGUGGGCUGUCACACUUGGCGACUUUUAACUUUGACACAGGGAACAUUGAAUGUGAUGCAGCUG